UUGGGCUAAAAGAUUCUUGCUUCUCUUCAUUCCACCAUUUUCCUGGACUCCCGCUUCUCCGUCGCGGGCAUUUUUUCAUCGGGGAAUCAUCAGCAAGCUUUUGCCAGAUUAUGGCACAGCAUAUUUCAUACAACCACAUGAAGACUAUUGCAUGUUGAGUCAGCCACCCAAGCGAAUUAAGUAGUUUUAUAUCCCCGCCGGUUUUCCCCUAGCAAAUUUCACCAGGACUACCCAAAUCGUGGCUCAGUCUUCCAAUGGAUGCCACCAAAAUUCUGGACGGCGUCCAAUAUGCCGUCGAUUUGGUUCGAAAGGUCAGCAGCGACACCAACAAAGUCAAAGGGAAGAUGGGUUCUCUGAAAAGGACUAUGGGAAUGUUGUCGGCCAAGAAGGCUGACGUAAGUUUCGAACUAGAGCAGGAAGAGAGGCGACCAGGAAAGAAAAGGAAGGAAGAAGUUGACUUUUGGAUGCAAAGUGUAGCAUCGGUGGAGGAUCGAGUCCACAGGGUAGGACGAAAACUUGAAGAGGGGCAUUUCCUUUCUCCUCUCAUAUUGGAGAAUGAGGUGAAUGACCUUAAGACUGAAGUGGAAGAAUUGCACAAGAUGGGUAGAUUUGAGGACGGUCUCACGCUGGAUGUGGAACAAGACCCAGGCUUCGAAAUACGACCAGGUGAACUAGUGGGACAAGCUUCUCAACCAGAAAGGCUCAUCUCCUGGGAGAUCAACUGUGGCGGCAGGGUGCUCCUAGUGCGUCCUGCUCAACAGUGGGGAGUGGACAAAACCUUCCUGAAGCAUAUAGGUGAUCAAACUGGACCAGAUUGGACAGGGUUCAACUUGGUCAAUGGAUCGGAAGAAGGCACUGCUGGUAUGACACUAACUAAUGCUGCUGACUAUUUUAAAGGAGAAACACUGGAGGAUCGAGUCGCCAAGUUCAGACCAGUUACAAUGGUGCGUUUCCUUUCUCCUUCCAAGGUGGUGGAUGUUGGGAGUGACCUUAUGACUGAAGUGAAAGAAUUGCACGAGAUGGGUAGAUUUGAGGACGGUCUCACGCUGGAUGGGGAACCGUACUCAGGCCUUAAACUAUGGGGACCAGACGACGCUUCUCUAAAAGAAGCGUUUGACCUCUUGGAUGGCUCGAGGAACGAAAAGGCGCUAGUGGGCGUUUGGGGACAGGGGGGAGCGGACAAAACCAUUCCGCGGAAGCAUUUGCGUGAUGAAUUUGAGGAAAAACUGAUCAAGCGGUUAGGAAAGUUGGAAGAGGAAGGGCGGGGGUCCGAGUGCCUUGAUGAAUAUGACUGGGAUGCUAGCGGGGCAGAAUCAUCUGUGAUUCCAAUUCCAAGUUAGAGAGGUUCGUUCCGAAAGGGGUGUAUGGACGAUUCUCCUAUCCCCUCUGUAUGUCGCGCUUUUCUCCCUCAGGACACCGGAUAAAUAAAUAUUUUAGUUUGAACAAUCUUUCUUCACGUCAUUCCUAGUUGACGCAACGCAGCGUCAAGGAAAUUUGAAUUUUCGUUCUUCUCCUUUCUCUAUCAUUGCAGCGAUUUGACCAGUUUGAUGCGUGAAUGAGGACGUCUGGACUAAAGGGUUUCUUGGUUCC